AUGUCGCAGACCGCCGACCACGAGACCGUCGAGGUCAUGCCCGAGAUCCGCACCAAGCAGGAGCCCGUCGCCAACAACCGGAAGGUCACGGUUCUCCUCGGCGACAGUAUACGCGUAUCCCAUGGCGGCAACAGGGAUGUCCUGUCCAUUCAGCUGAACCGCACCGUUCGUGUGCCCGACAACAGAGACACCAACAACCUGCCCCCCGGCAUGGGGAACUUCCCCCUCUUCAAGGUUCGCGACUUCGCACACAACAUGCCCGAAGACAUGGCCAAGAAGGGCGGCGUCUUCUUCCCCAUGUACCAGCGCGAGGCCAUGUGGAUCGGCUUCUCUUCCAGGGCGCCGUUCGCCAUCAAGAUCUACGUCGGCGGCGUCAACGCCGUCUCCGGAUUCCCCAUGACAGAAAACGAAAAGACCAAAGAGAAGAGACUGAAGAUGCUCAGCAGCGGGCAGCCGAUUCAGGACUAUGUGGUGGUGCCUGAGCAAAACUGGCUGGAUGGCAUCGUCUCCGAGGACGGCAAGAUCCGACAGUUUGUCGCGCAACCCAAAGGGUCCGGCUUCUCCGUCGAGGCACAGGUCACCGGGGAUGAGAAGGUGGGCGGCAUCCAGAUCGAGCUCAUCCCCGUCAAGAAGAACUUGCCCGCCGAGUUCGAUGUUCGAUACCAGAAUAGGGACUCCGAGGUCGUCACCCGCACCUUCAACCUCGCCGAGAAAAGCCUCACCACCGAGAGCACCUGGAGGGACGUCAAGAAGCUGGUUAGUGCUGAGUUCGAUAUCGCCGUCGAGGAGCAGGUCCUCAGCGAUUACGGAAACCGCGCAGCUUCUGGCCACUUCGGGGCCGCAUUCUUCGACUUGUCGGACGAUGCCAAGCUCGGUGACGUCUACUUUCCGCCCAAGUUCUCGACGCUCAGUGUUAGCCAUCAGUCCCCGCAGCAUCGGGGCGCCAUGAGAUACGGAAUGCGGGCACGCUGCGGUGGGCCCCCGAUGGUUAUGAUGGCUGCUGCUGCUGCUGCUGCCCCACAGGUGAUCGCGGAGACAGGUCCGGAUGGGGCCGCGCUGCUCGAGCACAGUCCCAGUAAUCGAAGCAAGAGCAAUCGAAGCAUGGCCCCGCCCGCGCAUGCAGCACCCCCGCCGGAGGUCAAGGAGAUGGGCCUCGCGGCUGGCGGCCUCAUCAAACAGACGAUAGAAGCCGACACACACCCUGCCAAUAUCUGGGACGUCGAGGCCUCGGUGAUGGUGAACCUCCAGAUUCUGGACGUCGAGUCGUUCAGCGCCGUCACUGGCCAGCCGGCCCCCGACACGCCUAUCAAUGCCCAAUCGUACGCCGAGAGCGGCUGCCCCUUCUUCGAGAUCUGGGGCGAGGAGAAGAGCGGCAUCAAGGGCGACUUUGCCGAGGUCAAGAGCGUGGCGCAGAUCGAGGCCGAGCGAGCUAGGGCCGACAGCAAGACCGUCGUGGACGAGGAGAGCGUGCCGGUGCGGGUGUUGCAGCUGGGUCACUUCAACAGCACCUUCCGCCCCGUGGAGAUUCUCAGGGAGGAGCUCGAGGGGCUUGGGCUGAAUGAGUGA